GUUACAUAACCUUGCAUGUAUUUACAUUCCGGCAAUCAGCAUUUUUUGACGCCGCUUAUCGAAAGUUUAGUGAAACGAACAAUUGCGAUCGUCAAUUAUUUUUUAUACAAUGUCACGAUUGUUGCUUAAUUUAAUUCCACACGCUAAAAAACUGACAGCUACGGCGUCAUCAACAUUACCAAAAGUAAAUAAGUCUCAAUUGUUAGAAAAUGUUAGAUGUUUUUCUGCCAGCUCAAGACUCUUAGGUAACUUGCAAAUUUCAAAGCCUGCACCCAAUUUUUUUGGAACAGCAGUUGUGAAAGGAGACUUCAAAGACAUUAAGUUGAGUGAUUAUAAAGGAAAAUAUGUGGUUUUAUUUUUCUAUCCCUUAGAUUUUACGUUUGUCUGCCCAACAGAGCUUCUAGCAUUCAGCGAAAAAGUCAAAGAUUUUGAAGCUCUCAACACACAAGUCAUAGGAGUGUCCAUUGACUCUCAUUUCAGUCACUUAGCAUGGAUUAACACUCCAAGAAAAGAAGGUGGUUUAGGAGGUGAUUUAGGAUAUCCUCUGCUCAGUGAUUUGAGUAAGAAAAUUUCUGAAUCAUAUGAUGUUCUUAUUGAAGAUCAAGGUAUUGCAUUGAGAGGUCUUUUCAUCAUUGACAAAGAAGGCAUUCUGCGACAAAUCACAGUUAAUGACUUGCCUGUUGGAAGAAGUGUUGAUGAAACUUUAAGGCUCAUCAAAGCUUUCCAGUUUGUAGAGAAACAUGGAGAGGUAUGCCCUGCUAAUUGGCAACCAGAAGCAAAAACAAUUAAACCUAAUCCAAAAGAUAGUAAAGAAUAUUUCAAGUCUGUCAACUAAAUGAAAUAGUGAGACUUUUGUUUCCCUCUGAUUAUACUUUAAUAACUUUUAUAGAGCAAAAUUUUUCAAACUCGAUUGUUUCAUUGUUUUUUAUUUUUGCAACUGUAUAACUUUUAUAAAGCCUUAAUUAAGUACAAUAAAAAAAUAUUUUCAA